AUGGGACAGGACAGUGUAUUUAUCGUACCCGCUGAGUAUUUAGACGACUUGGAGGAGUAUGAGGAUGAAAACCGGGUCGGCCCUCAGCUUCUAGAGGAUCCGGACAACCACGAAGCUCACUGGAUCACCGUGAUUAUUCCUGAAGAAAUGGAAGAUAACCAUAGCGAUGAAGAUAUCAUGCUACAUAUGCUUCAUAACGUCCGGAACCAGCGAGCCAUCGUGAGCGCAUCGGCAAUGCAUAACCUAGGCUUGAUUUGUAUCUCGGUCCCGGUCCCGGUUAGCACUGCUAGCACGACUACAAUCUUGGCUUACGCCGAGGCCGAUUUGUGCAAGUGGCUCGAACUCAUUCGUGGUGGGAUCGUUACUCUUGACCGGGAGGUGAUUUUUGGUCGGCAAUCCUGGGCUGUUGAGCAGUAG